UGCUGUAAAGGACGGCAUGGACGGGCUCCUCGUAUCGUAUGCAAAUGUCGCUGCUGACGUCGCUGGUCAUGUGGCUUUUGGCGUAGAUCCCCCUGCGCUGCUGGCGGAUUUUUUUUCGGCCGUUGUCUUUCGGGUUCGGUUCGACUCUUUACCGUUACCGAGCCAAGCCGCCCGCGCUCGGAGGAAGACGGGAGCACUUUCGGGACGACAGCGCUUCUCUCACAGCCUCCCCACACUCCUCCGUACUGCGUGGUCGGACAGGUGCCGAUCGAAACGUUAUCUCAAAGAAAGAGUGGUGGAGAAGCAAAGGCUUCUGCACCCGUACAUCACACGCCCUGUUCCCAGGGGAGACCGUCUCUGAUAGAUUGCGUGGCCUGGGAUGCAGUCUCAUGAAGUCGGCCACUGCAGCUGACAUUAAAAGUCAGCACAUAUAUUCAUCUUUCGUCUUCAGACAAAGAUCCAAUCAUCACUUACCAACAGUCCUUCAUCAGGGUUGUACUGUCACAGUGCCAGACUAGGUCAUGGCUAGUCGAAGAAAAUCCACAACGCCCUGCAUGAUCCGGCCAAGUGAUCUGGUGGAACAGGAUGAUACAGAAGACUGUGUAGACAGUACAUUGGAGAACGGAUCCUCACAUGUGCCUACCAGUGAGAACUGGACAGACAAAACGAAUCAUGUAAACACUACGCAGGAGAUAACUGAGCCAGAAAAGCCUGAGGCACAAAUUCGGCCGCAGAAGAAAGUUCAGGGGGGCUAUGAGUGCAAAUACUGUCCUUUCUCCACACAGAACCUUAAUGAAUUCAAAGAUCAUGUGGAUUCCAACCAUCCUAAUGUCAUUCUCAACCCGCUGUAUCUAUGUGCAGUCUGCAACUUUAACACAAAGAAAUUUGAUACGUUAACAGAACACAAUGAGAAAUGCCAUCCUGGAGAGAGCAAUUUCAAGUUCAAAAGGAUCAAGCUCAACAGUCAGACCAUUCUAGAGCAGACCAUUGAAGGUUCAAACUGUGCAGCUAUUUAUGAUGCAACUAGUCCUCAGUCUGCAGAAGACUUGUCAGCGUUUCCCCUGAGCAAAUCGAUGUCAGUGAAGAUGGGCAGGUCAAAAUUUGAAGGCAAGCGAACACUGGUAGACGGUCAAAUGGAUAAACUUAACCCAGAUUUACCCAAAAAACAGAUCACUGCAGUGAACGUGAACGGAACAAUGUUAAUCCCAGAUGCGACCCUCAAAGACGGACUCUCUCACAUAAUGCCAUCCCUACAGCGGCCCCCCAACUACAGUUUAGUACCAAAAAUCGCUGUCCCUCUGAACACAGCAAAAUACAAUGCAUCGCUGGACGGCAACCUCACUCUUAUCACUUCGUUCAAUAAGUUUCCAUACCCAACACAAGCCGAACUCUCCUGGCUCACUGCAGCUUCUAAACAUCCAGAAGAACAAAUCAAAGUGUGGUUUACGACACAACGGUUAAAACAAGGUAUCAGCUGGUCUCCAGACGAGGUCGAAGAGGCACGCAAGAAAAUGUUCAAUGGAACGAUUCAAUCGGUUCAACAAGCAUUCACGGUCUUGCCUGCUCAGUUAACCCAGUCCACAAAAGCUUCGCAAUCACUUCUUCAAACCCUCCCUUGCCACCUCCUUGGACAGUCAGGCUUGGUGUUGACACCGGUUGCAAAUGGGUCCAGUGCAACUUGUGCUCCUCUUGCAUUAACGCUUGCAAAUCAAACAGCACAGGCAGUUAAGAGACCCCUUACAGCCUCUGUGGUUGCCCCUGACGUAAAGAGGCCUUCAAUAAUCCAAACGGUUCAGACGACUUCUAAAUCCACCUCCCCCACGCCCAGUCUUUCUUCAGAUUGCAAAAAAACUCCAGAGCAGAUUAAAGAGCUCACAGCCAGCUAUACCCAGUGCCAGUUCCCUGAUGAUGAAGAAGUGUACCGUCUUAUCGAGACGACUGGUCUUUCCUGGGGUGAGAUCAAAAAGUGGUUCAGUGAUCAGCGGCAUGGAAAUCAUAAGGCAGGGCAGCUAGUAAAGAAUGACCUUCCAUUAAAAGAAAACCUGCCUCAGAAAGCCGUGGCCACACAGUUCCCCCUUCUGGAAAGAGUGAAGGGCAAAUCCUCUGAGCAAAUGAAAAUGUUGGAGGAGUGUUUCCAGAGGAACAGCUUGCCAACUCAGGCUGAGAUUGAAAACCUUGUGACUGACACUAGACUGUCCAAAUCUGAAAUUAAUGGGUGGUUCACAGAGCGCCGUGCUCUGCGAGACAACCUUGAGCAGGCCUUGUUCAACUCAAUGGGCUCCAAAAGACUCGAUAGAGGCGCUUUAAAUGGAGUUCAUGAGCAGGAGGCUCGGGCCAGGUCCUCUCCCCUUCCCCUGCUAACCACCUCUGUGUGCCCAGAAAUCAACAUCAAGUCUCUUGGCCUUCUGAAAGAAGUUUUCUCGCAGACGCAGUGGCCGUCGCCUGAGGCAUAUAAUCAGCUGGAGCUCCAGACAGGACUCGCUCGCACGGAAAUCGUACGCUGGUUCAAGGACAACCGAUCCGCCCUAAAGAAUGGAACUUUGGAAUGGAUGGAGCAGUUUCAAAACCUGAGCAACAAAAAGCACAAUGGUCAGAACAGCGUGUCAGUAACGGAGCCUGCACAGAGCGUUUUACAGCGACAUUUUCAGGACGCAAACGUGCUAAAAGGGGAGGCUGUAGAGAAGCUAGCAGAGAGAUCAAAGCUCACCAACCAGGACAUUGUGAAUUGGUUUACCAGUAAACUGGGUCACAGCUUGCCGGACAUCGGCAAGAGCAAGGACCAACACGGGCAGGCAAGUGCGGACAAUGGGAGAUGGGUAAAGGUUUCCGUGGCUGCUGACAGCGAAAGGAAAGAUUCAGAGACACAGAGGGUGGCUCCAGACCCCAUAGUGACUGGAUGAACCAAGAAAGGACAGAACAGGAGCUGCUAUGACUAACCCUAAAGGGGAAAAGAACAUGAUCACAUUGACAUACUUGGAACCAAUGAUCUCAUACCGGGACUCUGACGUUAUCAGAGAUAAGCAGGGCGAAGACAGUAUGUGAAGCACUGGCCGGAACUGACCAUGGAGUGCCAAAGUCAGAUUGCUAUGUUACUACUUGGGUGUUUUGGCUUUUUUUUUUGUUGGUUUUUUUUUAUUUUAGAAAAAAGGGCCCUUGUAAAUAUUUUUCCACAGAUUUGUAAAGUUUUGAGGAUGAGUUUUGUUACAUUUAUAAUAUGGUAGGUUUUCCCGAGCCAUUUAGCUUAACCCUUACAGUGGAACAUUUUAGUCUUUUGUCAAGGGACGAUAAACAGAUUCACCUGCUGAUAAACGUGGUCACGAAGGCACUUAAUAUUUCGAAUGGACUAAGACAAGCGGUGCUCUUUUGACAGCCAUCUCAUUCCUGAAACGAGGUGAUACUACGGACUUUACUUUGGACCAUACAAACAUUGCCUGCAGUCUCAUACUGUACUUUUUACCACCGAGGUGGACAUAAUCAAAAACUGAAUUCAGUGCAGCGAUGUACAAACAUGUAACACUCAUCUUUGCAAUAUUACGAUCGCAGCAGAAUCGUGUUGGCUGGCUUCUUCUGGUUUUUAAGGCAUAGAUCAAUCGCAGCGUCUCAGCUGUGGCCUGCUUCCCAACAGCUCAGUGUAUUCUUUCCCCCUCUCUCGCCACUGCUCUAGUGUCAUGUUCAGACAUGUAUCAGGAAAACUGUAUUGCUAUCGAGAAUCAUGCUUGCUCUUUCUGAAAGGAAAAAAAAACAGUCUGCUGUAACUCAAUAAAACACAACCGAUCGAACGUUUAAAA